AUGCCACCAAAUCGAGUGACCGAUCUAGCAGCCGCUCAGCCUAACACCCUGCUAAAUUUCGCAUGGGAAAAUGCAGGUGCUGCCGACCAAACUACUCUCAUGAUGUCGAUAGUGGACGAUGCGAAGGAGCAGCGGGAGCAGGAAAAACUCCGGCUUCAAAGCUAUUACAGUGGAAACGGUGCGCCCAGCCUCGAGAUCCAGUUUCUUGGAAAUGAAUCGACCCAACUGUCUCAAGUACUCCAGCAGCUCGCCCCGAAUGAUCCCAACAAAGUGUGGACGUUUCAAGACUUUCAGAACGCAGUUGAGGAUGCGAAAGUCAAAUGGGAGUCCAAGAAACGCCUAGGUGGUGGAAAGGUCCAGGCCACAUUCCACAAACUGAUGGGCAAAUUUAAGACACACUCGAACCUGUUCAGUUUCAUGCCCUCUGGUAACGAGUAUACCUCGAUCAUUUGCUGGGCAUGCUCGGCCCUGGUCAACGCAUCUGUCCAGCACACCGAUACGGUAGAAGAACUCGCAAAUGUCAUGGAGGUUGUCAAUGAGGCGGCCUCCAUGGUGGAGCUUGAAUCCGGAAUGUUCAAGGGUGAAGUGGUCCAGAGGGCUGUUGCUAAAUUUUAUACAGCUGUUUUCCUCUUGCUAGGCGAUGUUGCAAUGUGGUACAACUCGAAAAGCUGGGAAAAAUUUCGAAACAGUUUCCACGAGGGAUUCCAUAAGCAAUUUGCCUCUGCCCUUCAAAACGUACAAAGAAUGUCGGCCGUUGUGGGUCGAACGGCAAGCAUGGCUGCCGCAGCAGAAGGUCGCCAUAUGAGGCUCACUGUCGAAGAGCUUCGUCAGGAAAUCAUGGACGAGCGAGCUGGCUUGUCGGGGGCUCUGAGAAGGAUCGCUCAGUCGCUAGCUGAUCAAUUCGCCGCCCAUGCCCAGCGUCUGGAAGAGCAGAGCAAGCUGGACCAUGAAGAAACGAGAAGACAGGUUCUGGCGGCCGUCAACGGUCAGAUGCAGCAUACCGAAGCAUCGUAUCGAAAGAUCAUCAACAGUGGAUGGGACCUUCUACGCGAAAACCUCCGAAAAAUUACAUAUGAUCAGCAGGAGGACCGAAACAGGAAACAGUUGAUGUAUAUGCAACAAAAAUGGCUUAUGGGGCCGGGAGCCGAGCUCGAGACAAAUCACGAUGAUAUUCCUAGCGGAGAAGCUCCCCCGAACAUCGGUGAAAUGCAGAAGCUAGUGGAGAACUUGCUCGUCUAUAUCACAAAAGGGGCUCGAAUGCUGGACGAACCAGAAGAAGUUCUUCCCACGACAACCCACGAGAGGGUUGCGGUCGCGAUUGGAACGUGGCUCCAGUCUCCCGAUUCGGCAGUGCUCUAUCUGGAAUAUCCGGCGAUGUCAGGAAUUAUUCCACAAAUAUCUCUUGUAACUUAUCGCCUUGUGCUCUCCGCUGAUUCAUUGAAUGCUCCGAUCAUUUCUUUUUUCUGCAGACCAAGCAUUCAACAGGAACAAGAUGAGGGCGAUGGCGAUAGUGACCCGCUUGUUGGGUUGGUUUAUUCCUUGACAUACCAAAUUCUCAGCCAGCUCCCGAGUCUACAAAGCCAGAGUACGAUAAGUGCGGAUGCCGAUUUCGAAGGAUUGGACGCCACCAGCUGGAAGAAGGCUCUGCAGUUAUUCGAAAAGGCUCUCAAGUGGGUUCCGCCACUGAUGUUGUGUGUCAUCGACAGACUUGAGGAAUUCGAAAGACGCAGAGAAGACCAGGUGAAAGAGCUGAUCGAUGUGCUUCGAAACCAGGUAAAAGAGCCCAGCAAAACAUUCAAGGUGCUCUUUACUUCGAGCAAUCGCUCCUUCGCGUUGUUAGACUCUCUGCCAAGCAGCGAGAUCGACAUCGUCGAAACCAACACUCACAGCUUCCGAGGAGGCGGCCCGGGAAGGACCCUCUUCAUAGUUUAA